UCGCUUAGCCAUGAAGCAAGGGAAGCAUUUCUUUCGGCUUUGGUUUCUGAUGGCCGUGCAGAAUGGAUGGAUAAAGGUCAUAGGAAAUGCUUAAUUCUUUGGCAUAGAAUCCAAGAUUGGACCGACUUAAUAUUGCACUUUGUCAGGGAAAAUGGUAUGGAGGACAGUGUAAUGACAGUUGAAGAGAUACGUUCUGGGACGGAGUCUAGGGGAACAGAGCUUCACGGGAUGGAUCAUACAGUUCUUAUGCGAGCGCUGAAGCUACUAGAAAACAAGGGGAAGCUUCCAUUAUUCAAGGGAACUUCUGCUGAUGAUGAGGGUGUUAAGUUUUCAUUGUGAUGUUCACAUGAUGUUUUCUAUUUGUAUGGAAUGUCCUGAAACCAUCUUGUAUUCAAUUACAAAUUCAGCAUUGAAGCUAAGAUCAGGUUGUUAUGUAAAUCCUACAUUUACAUUUGGAAUACUGGAAAGGAUUAAGAAAAUGUUAUAAGUGUUUAAUGACACAAUUUCGCACUUUUGUU